CUUGACAACCUUUGAGAGUCAAGUUUUUCAUUAUGUAUGAAGAGACUUUGAGCUGGAGGUGUGCAAAAGGAUUUGCAGUAUGGGUGACAACAAGUAUUGUUUUUGGACACCUUCCAGCGAAUAGCUGGUCGAAAACGAGAAAUUACAACAAAAGAACACAUAUUUCCAAUAUUUAUUACACUUUAACUUAAGGGUAACUUAUUCAUUUUUUGUUAAACCGAAAGUGCUUCGUUGUGGACGAAUUUCAAUUAUUCAAUUACUCCACAAACUGCAUAGUCGAACAGCCGUUUAUUUUGGUCUUUUUAUUUCAUUCGUUAUUGUGGAGGUUACUGAGCGUAUAGAGUUCUCUUUCUAUUUGAAUUGAGCAGUUUGUCGCUGUUAAAUUUCCUUCAUUUACGUUUCUUCAAAUUAGAUUUCGAUUUCUUCAUUAAACAUUCCCUUCUUGAAUUGCAGACAUCGUUUAUUUAAAAAUUUUCGUCUUUAUUUGUUUCACAUCUAUCAUUUCUCGAACUAUAUCCUCUUCCUUUAAUGAAGCGAGACUACAGUGCACAUUUUGCCAUUAUCUUGGACACCUUGACACAAAGCUUGUCAAAAUUAAACUGCCCAGAAGGGCUAAAAGAAAAUGUUCUUCAUACUAUCACACAAAAUACCAUUGGAGGAAAAGGAACCCGGGGAAAAGCCGUCUUAGAGUCUGUAAAAGUUUUGCUAGGAACAGAACUUACAGAUGACAUGCACGAGAAAUCUUGUUUACUUGGAUGGAUUGUUGAAAUGCUUCAAGGCAGUUUUCUAGUUGCUGACGAUAUUAUGGACAAGUCUCUUACUCGCAGAGGCAGGCCAUGCUGGUACUUGCAGGUUGGCACGUCUCGUGCCUUUACUGAGGCUGUCAUGAUGGAGAAUCUUGUCUUUGUACUUCUUAGGCUCUUUUUUAGGGAUCAGCCGUAUUAUAAGGAAUUAUUAGAUACAUUUCAUGAGAUUCUACUACAAACAGAAACUGGCCAGGAAAUGGAUCUUAUUUUGUCCAUUGGCGGUGUUCCGAUGAACACAUCCUUUAGUCUAAAGGCUUAUGAGUUUAUUGUUACUUAUAAAACCGCCUAUUACUCUUUUUAUCUUCCCAUUAAAUGCGCCAUGAUACUUGUCGGAAUGAAAGAGAAACAGGCUUAUGUUGAUGCUAAAAGACUAGCUGUUCAAUUGGGGAGAUAUUUCCAAUUCCAAGACGAUUUCUUGGAUUGCUACGGAGACUCGAACGUUGUUGGAAAAAUAGGCACCGACAUUCGAGAACGCAAAUGCACAUGGCUCAUUUGCUAUGCCUUGUACAAGGCAUCCCCUGAAGAAAGAGAACUCCUUUUGAGCAAUUACGGGAAACACGAUAUGGAAAGCGAAAAUACCAUUAAAAAGCUGUAUAAUGACCUGAAAAUGACCGAUUUAUAUGAUGAACUUGAGCACCUAUUCAUCAAGGAUAUUGGUAGGGAAAUUCAACAGCUUGACGAGACCACUGGUCUUAAGCGUGCUGCGUUUGAAAUAUUAUUCCGGAAAAUGCAAAAACGUAAGAAGUAAGCUGGGGUAUAAUGCUUCUCUGCUAUUUAUUAUUGUCUCCGCAAAACCCGGUAUUUCCUCAUUUGCUGUAUUGUCAAUACUGUGAAACGAGAUUUCAUUAAUGUAUAUUGUAUAUAGACGUGAAAAUAUAUAAAAUUCUAGACUAACGGGUCUUGUUCUACCGUGUAAUUGCAAGUCGUAUAGCAUUUUUCCAGUCAUCAUCCCA